CCUCUUAAUACAUUUGACGGAUCCGUGUCGAGUGGAGUAUCUUCGCGCUCUUUCACAGCGUGGCGGAGUGUGUUGUUACGGCUCAACUUCCUGAGGCAGCUUCAGAGUAAAGCGUGUUCUGUACAGUUCUCGACGGGUUUUUGAGUUGUCGUGAAACGCCGUGAUUCGAGUUGGUCUAGUGUUUAGUGUCUCGCGCGCGUGUCGUAGUGCGGUACCCCCAAAGUGGUCCAUUAUCAUCCAUCAAUCGGUUAUUUAUUGUUAUUAUUGCCACUAGAUUGCAAUUGCCAAGUCAAAGUGCGAUCCGGUCGUCACACGCGCGGGGGACUAUCUCGAGUGGAAGACUUAAGUUCAAGUGUUGAAUUAUCGUAACUCUCCGGAAUAAGUGUGCAGUGUCUGGUGUAUUUGUCCAUUGAUCAUCACGAAAGCAUCCUUGAUUGAUACUUUUGCAAAGAGUAAGAGCCCUUGUGGUCAGUGCUUGCUUAUUUUAUGCUUCCUGAAAUACACUCUCGAGCAGUGUCUGAACGUUUGCCCUAGUUUCAAGGAUUACUAAGUCAAGGUCGAUCCUCUAUUGAAGUGUUGUGAAGCCACCACAAUCCAAUGAAUUCUGAAAACGAUUAAACUUUUGAGACAUGACUGACCAGUGAUCUUUUCGCAACAUCCAAAACUUAGUGAACAUACCAUCGGUGUGGGUGAGGCUUGAUUUCUUGGUGAUCGCCAGUGUGCUCCAGCCGCCAUCAUUUACGCCCGGUACAUGUCCACCACACUUUCCAGUGUAUCUGGAGUGUAUCCAGAAGAUUCAGAACAAGAGCAUGGACUGUUACCCGAUUUAAAUGGUGUUGACCUGGUUAUGAGCUUGUCGCCGAAAGGGAACCAUCAUCAUCACCAUUUAACCAGUUUACAGCACUUGCAAAACCUUCAGCACAAUUCGCUACAUAGUCAUUCGACGCCGUUCAGCGUCACCGAUAUUCUGAGUCCAAUCGAAGAGUAUCGCAAACUGGAACUUAGUGCUAAUCCUCCAUCCCCAUAUAGAUCCAAUUCCAGCGGCGGAAGCAGUGUCAACUCGCCUAGUGCCCUCGGUUCCAACUCAGCAUCAGCUGCAGCAGCUGCGGCAAGCAGUAUGGCCAACCCGUACGCAAUGGGCCCACUGUACCACAGCCCGGGCGUCCAGAGCUACUGUGGUCCAACUGACAAUCUUUCCCUCGCUGGCCACUACACCGACAUGCGAAAUUCAGCCGCCGGUUGGUACGGUUCGACUGCCAGUGAUCCACGAUUUGCAAUUUCCCGGUUGAUGGGCGGAUCUGCGGGUGGCUCGAUGGGGCAUGCAAUGUCCAACAUGGGUAGUUUAGCGGCAUGUAGCGUAACGGACACAAAACCAAUGCAGUUUCCUCUGGCACAGCGGCGGAAACGACGGGUGCUUUUCACACAGGCACAGGUUUACGAGCUGGAGCGAAGAUUCAAGCAACAAAAGUACCUGUCGGCGCCCGAACGGGAACACUUAGCCAGUUUAAUACAUCUCACACCCACCCAGGUUAAAAUAUGGUUCCAGAACCACCGAUAUAAGUGUAAGCGGCAGGCGAAGGAAAAGGCAAUGGCAGAGCAGAACCAACAUAAUCAGUCAGCCAGCUCACCACGACGUGUGGCCGUACCAGUACUAGUUAAAGAUGGCAAGCCGUGUUCCGGCGGCUCUAAUUCCAGCUCUUCUGCUCAACAGCAACAGCAGCAGCAGCACCAGGCUCAACAGCAGCAGCAAGUAAGUGGCAGCAAUAGUUCGUUAACGACCGGUGGCAGCGGGGGUGGCAGUGGUGGCGGCUCCAGUGUGAUCUUAACCAGUGAUUCCAACAAUACUCACUCGCCGGACACGCCCUCCUCGACACUGCUAUCGCCCUACAACGGCAGCCACAACGUGACGGGCCAAAUGCUGCAGCAACCGUGCAAUAAUAGUCUGAUGUCAAACAGUUUGGCCAUGGCGUACCGGAACCAGAAUAACUUCAUGGCCAACAGUCAUCAACAGCAGUGCGGAAGCUAUUUACCGCUGCAAACCCGAGCCUGGUAAUAUUAGUUGAUUUGUUAGGUUUUACUCUAAUUUAAUCUAGGGUGUUAACUUUUCGUUCUGAAAUACGGAUCUUGUAAAACAAACACUGUUGGCUCUCGAGAUAGUUCUUUUUACUUAAUUUUAUAAAUUAAUAUAUUUUAGAUAAGCUGUAGAAAUCUCUUUCUCAUUUGCAGAAAAUGAGGCACUUACUAAAGCUGUACAUACAGAUUAGCCAAUAAGAUUACGCGAAAAGAUUACUUGCAAUGCAAUUCGACAGUAACUCCUAGUCUAGCCUGCGAGCGGACAGGGAAUACAAAUAAAAUCACUGGAUUUGAGAAACAAGUACAAUUGUUACUGUAGUCGUUUAACAGAGUAAAAUAAUUUGGAACACCAACCGACCGACGACAGAAAAAAACUAGCAAAACACUCACAAAUACAUCGACAGAGCCGCAAUACAAGAUAAUCGAACAUCGUUCUAAAAUAACAAUUCCUUCGGUUGGAACAGAUUAUCGGAAGCCGACAGUCCGUGAAAGAAAAAAAGAAAAGGUGUGCUAGCAGUUGACAGGGGAAAGGAAAAUUCAUUGACUAUUGCGAAUGCAAUUAAUUGAUUCCAAGCUGGAAUUCUAAGUUCAGGUCGAACCUUAGCGUGAUCUUUGCAUGUAUCGAUAAUAUGUUCUUUUUAUCUAAUAUUCUGAGUUGAGGGGCAUAUUCUAAUAUUCUUUCUAGGGGCCCUAAUGGCGGCCAAUAUCGUCAUAUUCGCAAUAUGUUAAACGCACUUGGCAUUGUGUCACUAUUGUGCUAUCUUCUGAAAAGCGCCAUUUAGCACAUGUCGAGUAACACGAUUUUAAAAGUUUGAGAUUAUUUUGAAACUUAUAAACUGUAGAAAGAAUUCAGAAAAGAUUGGCGACUCCAGCGGAAGGGUUCCGGGGGUCCGCCCCCCCUCGAAAGUUUUUAACUUGUUUGCGGAAUUUUAAAUUAAUUUCUAUUUUAACCCUAGAACGUUGCACUGAGGUACAAAUGUACCCCACGCCAUAUUUGGAGCCCUGUGAAGACGAGAAUUCGGCAUUCCCUAACCUGGGACCCUAACAAUAAUUCAAUCUAGAGUUCAUGCUAAGAGUAGUAAAAGGUGGUAAAUCCAGUUUGUUUUUGGCCUUCGUUCAAACAGGAGUCAAAGCUGGCGUGGGGUACAUUUGCACCCCAGUGUACGGCUCCCGUUAGUGUUUCGUUCUUCAGUGGAAAUGUGACUCAUGACAAUACCAGUUUAAAUACGGGUUGUUGUACUAUGUAAGUAACAUUUGGUAUUAUAUAAUCGUCUUUAAUCAUUUAUUCAAUUAAUUUAAUUCAAUUUUGAAGUAGCAAAAAAUUUCGUUCUUAUUUAUGCAGAUUUUUACUUUUUUAUUUUCAAUUUUUAUAGUUUUUCAAAAUAAUGGCUUGCAAGUAUAAUUUGUGCACAUUAUCUGCUGUAACAGUGGCGUUGCAUGUUACCAAUGUAUUACAGGUUAGAAAUAUUUUUUUCAUUUCUUUUUUCAUCCCAUUUCGGAUAGAGGCUGAAUGUGGCUGAUAAAGACUAAUAAUUCUUAUGUAGAAAAAUCCGGGGAAUCGAUUGAGGAUAGUUAGAAUAACUGCACAAAACGUUUGUAUCCGUUUUACCCCAUUUUUUCAUGUGCACUUACACAAAGUUCCCCCCAUAACUCAAGUGUGAAAUUAAACCUGGCUGUACUUCUCGGAACGAGGCUGAUGAAAAGUAGUAAUUCUUAUGUACAAAAUUUCAAGCAAUCGAUUGGAGAUAAUUGGAAUGACCGCACGAAACGUGUGUAGUGUAGGUCCGUGUUCGAAGGUUUACAGCGACCUCUAGCGGCGAUUUUGUGAACUGCGAGUGUUUCCCAAUACAUUUUGGCCAAAAUUCCCAUAAAAACUUUAAGCUCUUUGAGGGAGGGGUUAAAGUUAACCGAUUUCGCCCAAAUUUGGACAGUGCCAUUUUUUCAUGAUUUGGAACGACGCUAGGGGAUGUAGAUUAGUGAUUUCAAAAAUGGUAGUUUUAUUGUCACCCUAGUGUAUACUCGUUGUGUCCCCAAUUCUUCUCAUUAAUGAAGCGCAAAGUUAAACCUAGCUGUGACUUUCGGAAAGAGCCUGAAUACGACUAACGAAAAGUAUGUAGAAUAAUCUGGGUAAUCGAUAAAAGAUAGUAAGAAUGGCCGCACGAAAAGUUUGUAUACGUUUUACCCCAGCUCUUCACAUAAUACAAGUGUGGAGUUAUACCUUACUCAACAUUUCAGAAACAGGCUGAAAGCGGCUGAUGGAAAGUAGUAAUUCUUAUGUAAAAAUUUCAAGGGAAUCUAUUGAAGAUAGUAAGAAUUCUUACCAUAACUUAAGAGGGAAGUUAAACCUGGCUGUGCUUCUCGGAAUGAGGAGAAUAUAAAACUAGAUACUUUUAAUACCCAUUAUUGGGUAUUUUAUUUUAGCCGUGUAUGUUUUCGACCAGUGUUGCCAUAUUUAUUAAUUGACCCCUUCUGACCUAGAGUCUGUAUAUUAUAUCUAUAUAAUCUUGUACAGAGGAAUGCGCAACACUGCACAAAAUUAUGACAUUUUUUUGGUUUCUGGAAACCACAGUUGUUGCAGUAACUUUUAGAGACUUCAACGGAGUACACAAAAAAUUCACUCGGAGUGAAUUAAAAAAUUACCGUUUCGUGGCUUGCAGCCCUUUAUUUAUAACACUCUUUCAUGUAAUUUAUUGUACCAUGUUACAAAGGAAUGUAUUAAAAUGAAAAAAGUAUCUUGUUAAAUCGGUUAAAAUGAUUAACCAUAAUAUUAUUGCAUGAACGUGCUCCAUGUUGCAUGUUCCCCAAAGGAAGAAUGUUUGUUUACUUUGCACGAUAGGUAGCCAUGUUCGAUAGGUAGUUUUGGCUUCUCAGUAGGCGAACCUUUAAUUUAUUUACAACAACGUUUUUAGACAGCAGUAACUUUCGGUUUAGGCAAGAUUUACUCACAAAACAAUUAAGGUUCAGAUUUUCGGAGAAUCCUUCUAAAAAGCGUUUGAUGCCGGCGCGAAUCGAAAGGUUAGAUCAAGGUGCUUAGAAUAAAAACUCCUUGGGUUAGAUGUUAUACACGAAAAUAGCGGCCAGUAGGUUACAACUUGGAUCGGUGCAUGUAACGAGCGAUCCGCUAACGUUUGACAUGUUGCUGGUUGUUCAGUGUGAUUUUUACUGAAAUUAUCAGCUUUACUGAGUUAUGUCGAAAUAAUCUGGUUAAUAAUAGCGAAUUCGAUAGUUUUAUUUGAAGCAACAUAAUUUCGGUAAUAGAUCUUGCGAAUUUUGUCAUUUCAAACGAAUUUAGCAGAAGCACCAGUUAUACACACGCAGGAAAACUUAGCAUAUUUAAACCAAAAAUGUGUGUUAUUGAAUCCAAACAUUUAUUGUUCAUCACACUAAGCAACAAAAUUAUUGGUUUGGAAAUAUAUUUUAUUAGAACAGCAAUAAUUAUUUGCUUUCAAUAAAAACAUUUUUAAUUUCAAUAAUUUUCUUUUAAUUUCAAUAAAAAAAAAUUAUUGAAACAAUAAAUAAAUUUUAUCGAAUUCCGACCAAUAAUUUUAUUUAUUGAUUUUAACCCAUGUAUUUAUUAAACCUUCAAAUCUUUUUUCUGCGUGCAGUACAAAUUGCUGACUGUAUCAGUAAAAUAAUUACCGAACAGCGAAAUCGAAAACGUGUGUAUUCUGACCACAUUUGAGGUGUUGCCAUACAAUGUCCAAACAUAAUUGCCAAAACGCUGCUUUUCCCACCGCAGUUCUCUUGUUCUGAGUUUUUCUAGUAAAAAGUUGAGUAUGGAAAGAAACUUCAACCUGUCGAACAUCUACAUAUUUGGUUUAUCUUUUCCGGUUCUAAUUUAUUUUAUUUUAUUUAAUCCGGUAAAGUUUAACUAUUUAAUGUUUAAAUGUACGGAUAUAUAUUUGUUCGAUAAAGUAAACUUACUGAAAGAAUAGUUACUAUAUUCAUAUUAAGACGAAGACGACAACAAUAGUCACAUUAAACAGUUGCUUUCGGAAUGCUUCGUAGAAAUUUUAUCAAUAUUUUGAUUGUAGAUGGUUCAUUGAAUUGAUUAAAGAACGUGGUACCAAAGUUUGUUGGGUAUAUCAUAUGUGUUACAUUUAAAUAUAAAGAGUGUCCCACAUCAAAUUACAUCCCAUUACAUCAGUAAGCUUUCAGCAUAUUUAUUUCAUUCAACUUCAAUACCAUAGCCGUACGCUCGCUCCUUACGCUUAACUCCACUCAUUAGAUUCUGUACAAUAUCUGGCUGCAGCUUCUUCUGUACGGAAACCCAUUUUUUCUUCAUGUCUUCCGCAGAUUUUGCCUCUCUGAGAUGCUUCUGUAGUUCUUGCUUCAUAAUAACCCAGUAUUUUUCGAUGGGCCAUAGUUCCGGUGCGUUGGGAGAGUUCAUGUCCUUCGGUACGAAAAUGACCCCGUUGGCUUCGUACCAGUCCAGGACAACAUUUGAGUAGUGGCACGAAGCUAUAUCCGGUGAGAAGAUCAACAGAGGAGGCAGACGCUUCUAUAGACACACCUUGAGAUAAAUUUUUCCGUUUACAUUCCCGGUUAUCACACGCACUUCAUUUACCACGUGAGCAGAUCGCUUGCCAAAACAUGUAUUUAUUGGCAAACUUUGAAAGUUUCUGCUUCCUUACUUCCUCCGGAAUAUCAAACUUGUUCGGGCGGUUAAAAACAGUAGCCCCGGAAGCUGCCGGAAGUCCGCCUUGACGUAAAUCUCAGCAUCCAUGAUGAGACAAUGAGGCUUUGUCAGCAUCUGGGUGUACAGUUUCCGGGCCUGUGACUUUCCCACCGUAUUUUGCCGUUCGUCACGAUUUGGAGCCUUCUCACUUUACACGUAUGCAGUCCUUCUCGAUCCUUGGCUCUCUGAACAAAAGACUUGGACAGAUACAGCUUUUGGCCACAUCUCUGGCCGAAGCUUUGGGACUCCGCUUAAACGCUUUCACUACACGCUUCUGGUCCUGAUCACUAAUAGAACAUCCAUUCUAACCUCAUUUCUCCUUCCGUCCGAUGCUCAAAGUUUUCGAGCUGUUUUCCGAUGUACCGAUGUGAGAGUUGAGGAUUUUCCAGGUGCUUGCGCAAAAUCUAUUCGCAACAUUACUUUUUAACAGAGAGAAUAGGGAGAGAGACGAAGAGUGAAAAUCAGUCAAAACGGCAACACUCGCUUUAUUAUGAUUUCAACAGUAGCAUUUUGGCAACCGCUUCCACAGUCUGCACUUUAAAUGGCUCCUAUUAUGUUUCUUAUUGCUUUGAAAGUUGGAUUUUUGAUGCACUUCGCUAUCACACUCUUUUCACGGUUGCCAAAUGAAAUGAUAUGAAAACGACAAAAAAUUAACUUUUUCCAUCAAAUUUAUUGUGAAAACCGGGAUACUGGCAGCCAUGCUAACCUUCCAGCUACUAAAAGUAAGAAGAAGUUUGUUUUUGACACUUUUCUAUGUCAAUAAUUUGUCAGGUCGAAGGAGUUGCACUUUUGAUCACACUUUUGAUUCAUCACACUUUCAUACUGUGCAGUUCGAUUUGGUGGGAACUGAGCAAUAUUUUGUAAACAAACCGUAUGGUAAUCGUUGGAUUUCUUCAGUAAAUUAUGUUCAUUUCGAAACAAUAAGAUGAAAUAAUUCUAAACGUUGCUUUUAAUAAUACAUAUACCUACUAUAGAAUACACCUUACAAUCACAAUUUAACUGACGAAAAUUUAACUCUAGAACGUUGCACUGGGGUAAAAAUGCACCCUUGUCUUUGGAGCCGUGUGAAAACUAGAAUUCGGCAUUUACCGACCUGGGACCCUAACUAUAAUUCAAUUUAGAGUUCCUAGUAAGAGUAGGAAAAUGUGGUAUAGCCAGUUUGCUUAUAGCCUUUGUGGAAACAGGUGUCCAAGUUGGCGUGGGAUACAUUUGUACCCCGUGUACGGUUGCCGUUAGUGUUUCGUCAGGUUUCGUGCUGUCAGUGAAAAUGUGAUUCGUGACAAUACCAGUUUAAAUACUUGUUGUUUUACUACAUAAGUAACACUUAGUAUUAUAUAAUCGUUUUAAUCAUUUAUUUAAUCUAAUUAAUUUAAUAUUGAAGCGGAACAAAAAUCGUUCUCAUUUUUGCUGAUUUUUAUUGUUUAUUUUUUAUAGUUUUUCAAAGCAAUGGCUCGCAAGUAUAAUUUGCGCACAAUAACUGCUGUAACAUUAACGUUGCGUGUUACCAAUGUAUUACUGGUCAGAAAUAUUUUUUCAUUUGAAUUUCCACCCCAUUUCGUGAUAUUUUCCAAAACACGAUUUUUAUACUUUCACUCCUCGAAAUAAUUACAGUUUUUCAAAAAUAUUGAAAUUCCAUUUUAUACCGUUUCAAGACCAUUCUUUCAACUUUUAGAAUCAUUUAAUUUUUUUCAAAUCGGUUGAAAAUUCGCAAAGUUAUAGUAAUUUUUGGAUAAAAGUCCAAACCGCGAGUUUUCCACAUUUUUUUUUUGGUUCAAACUGAUUUAUGUAUCAUUGAUUCAAUAAAUUACUCACUUUCACGUACACAGCUGUUUUCGCAAUUAAAAAACCUGUUUUAAUCCACCUAGUGGUGCAUUUGUGCCUUUUUCAUUUGUCCAAACUACGAUUCCAUGGCUUAUGGGUUAUGUUCAAUACAACGGUGGAAAUGUAUAUUACAUAUUCAGUACGAUUUGCACAUACAUACAAUGCACCGACAGCCCCGAUCUUGAGAUGCUAUGUGUCGACACUGAAACAUCGCUUAAAACCAGCGGCGGAUCAAGGAAGAGGAUCCGGGGGGUCCGGACCCUGCCGAAAAUUUUAAACUUGUUAAAAAAUUUUUAACUAGUUUCAAUUUUAAAGUAGCCACCCCUCACUGGAUACUCCUACCUACGCCUACAAAUGUAAAAAAAGUCGCGGCCCUCCAGAAUUAGGUUGACGAUUUCCGGCCGGGAUUAGGUUGACGAUUUUUAGAGUGAUUGCAUAGCCUUUCUAUAUGAGAAAGGCAAAAAGGUGCCAAAGUCCAAAAAAGUCAAUUUUCGCCAAAAAAAUUUUUUUCGAGUUUCCGUCAAAUCUCGACGUGUUAUACAUUUUAAAGACAUUUGGCAUCAAAAAUACAAAUUUGAUCUGGAACUUUUCCUCUACUCCCCCCUUUGAGAAUUUCAUUUCAGUUUAUAUGGGAAUUUGCUGUGUAGUCGCACUCUUCAACCCGUAAUUCCGGAACCAGAAGUCCAAUCAACAAAAAAGUCAAUAGCAGCCGAUGGAAAGGUUGUACCUUUCAUUUGAGACCAGGUUUGUGCAAAUCGGUCCAGCCAUCUCUGAGAAACAGAGGUGACUUUUUUCCACAUACACACACAGACAUUUUCCGAUCUCGACGAGCUGAGUCGAAUGCUAAAUGACUCCUGGCCCUCCGGGCCGGGGUUAGGUUAUCAAUUUUUAGAGUGAUUGCAUAACCUUUCUAUAUGAGAAAGACAAAACGAAGAAAAUGAUGUAUUAUACAUUUCUUUUGUUUGCAUUUUUACCUGCGAAAAUUGAGAUCUAAUGCGUGGGGUAUAUUUAUACCCCAGUGCAACGUUCUAGGGUGGAAAACGCAAGUGCAACGUUCUAGGGUUAAACUAUUUUUUGAUGGAUGUACAUUAUUUAUCUCCUCCAAUUCAGGCAGCAUGAUUAGUGUUUAUUUACAUUGCAUGAUUGGUCUGCUCAUAAAGGUAUUUUGGCUUCACACUAUUGGUCUAUCUCCAUAUUCUCUCUGCUUAUUGUGUGACACCAUUUUUGCAAUUUUCGAAAAACUGACAGCGAUAAAAAUACAGUAUAAACAAUACACUCUAAAUUAUUUCUGCACAAAUUUUCAAGAGAAAAAAUUUAGUUACCUAGAGUUAUUUUCUACAGUUUUUAUGAAAUACUUUGAAAGUUCUAAUUUAUGGCGCGUUGUAACGUCACGUUACAUUAUCGGUCAUACAACAAUCCUCUUCCAGUAUAUUCAGGUAAUGUUGAUUAAAUCUUUCGUGAAAUUUUGUCUACUUUCUGAAUCUGUAAUAAUUUUUGAUGUAGGCAUUCAUUUGAUAAAGUUAUAACAUAUUUGUCGAAUGAAGAAUUCGUCAAUUCGUUGUAACGUCAUGAAAGAAUGUGUCUAAUGCAGUUUUCAACCAAAGACAUGUGGUUUGUAUGAGAAUGGAUGCUGUGAGAAAUCGCCCAGAAGCAGAAAUCGAACCAAUAAUUUAAACUUUGCAAAAUUAUUGAAUUGCCUCGCUACUGUGCUUGUGAAAUGCGAUUAUGAGCAUUGAGAGGUAGAAAACUAUUUAUUAUAAAAGCCAUCGAUAUAAGUGUUGUUGGUUUCAAAUUUUGAACAGUAAUUUUAUGAUUUUUGGACAACGUUUAACCUCUCGGACUACUUUUCUGUCGAAACAUUGUGAUGGCCGUACAUUCUUAUCGUUAAUCUUAGAAAUUACUUAUUCAAAUAUGCGCGAAUAAUAGAAUGAUCAGUGAAGCAAACGAUUCGACAUUUUUUGUGUUUCUGAACAUCCCCAACCCGACGAACGAUCACUCGAAAAAAUGCUAGAUUAUCACGGUACUGACAAUAGGGAAAAAAUCAACUCGAUGCGUGUAGUGCAACAGCGCAUGUCACCAGCAGUGAAUAAAUUUAAAAAAAAGUAAAUUGCCUAAAUCUGAAAAAGCCUCUACCCCUAGCAGCUGCAGCACCGCGGCGCAUGAAUCGAAAUAAUAAAUAUAAUUCACAGACCGUAAAUUGGAAAACGAAUAAUUCCAACCUGCCACGAAUAAGCCAUUUGAUGUAGCAAAUCGAAAAAUUCGUCAAAAUCCGGGGAAUUGUUAAUAUGUAUAAAAACAACUCACAAUACGAGCGACGGUGAACAAACGAAUCGUGAAAAAAAUCAAAUGUUUACCCCCGCACAAACUGAACGGUACGAAUACACAAAAAGUAGCUACUGAUUCCGAAUAAACGAAUCACGAUUGUAUUAAAUUUCCAAUCAAUCUAGGAUGAAAGGUUUUUAUCAGGAACAGUAAAAUUUUAAUGAAAGAUCCGAGCAUGCUAAAUUAAUUAAAGGACAGUUUAAACCAAUAAGAAGACAGUUAUUUAAUUUAAUUCGUAUCAAUAAGAGAUAAAACUAUAGACAAAACAUGCAGCAAAAGAAUUUAAGAGUAAGCUCCAAACAAGGCAUGAGUUACGCAUAAGUUUGUAUUAAAUUUGAAAAAAAUAGAAUGUGGUAACUAAUGGCGAAAACAAUGGAAAUAAAUAAUAAAAUAACAAACAAGUAA